AUGUCGGAGAAAAUUGCCCAAGGUAAAGCUGGCAUUGUUGCAACUAAAAAGUCAGAUCCAGUGAUCGUUAGCAAUGCAUUGCUUACAGAUUCCCAAAGUAAAUCUGGCUCAAAUGAAUCUCUGGCCAGUGAGAUGGAAACGGUGAUUAUUCAAGGCACAGAUUUUGCCAAAGAAUUUGAAAAACCUAAUGAUCGAGCCAGCCACAUAAAAAUUGGCCGUGCUAAGCAGAAAGUAAUCAGUGGUGGUCAAGGCUCUAUCCUCCAGUGCACGAGCGUGAGUAGUGUAGCCAGUGGCAAUGCAGGCAAGACAACUGCAACUCCGCAAAAGACUGCAACAAAACCUUCUGAUGGGCCUUGCCGAACAAGUGACCUAGAAGGAAGUGCUGGCAGCAACAGUUGUGCUGUGAAAAGUGCAUUGAAGAAAGUUACCCCAACUGGCACUGCUUCUGUUACUGCACCUGCCAAAACUGGACAUGUGGCAUCAAAGGCAAAUGUUAAUGUUUCUUCAAAGAGUGGGAACAUUGCAAAUGCUAACAAGCCCAACAACAUGCUUUCCAGGCCAACUCCUCCUGUGGCAGUUUCGGGCAGGCCAGUUGAGGUGGCUGCCAACAUUGGUCAUCGCCCAAACUUUCCUAACAUGAGAUCAACGAUUCAAGCUCCAGCUGGUGUGUUUCCAGGUGCUGUACAACCUCGUGGACGGGGACCCGGAACAAACUUCAACCCUCAACGACCUGCCAGCCGUAUGCAUGCUAAUUUAUUUAAUGCUGGACGUCCCAAUGUCCAAGUUGUGAAUGUGAGAAAUCCUCGUUCAAUGACUCCUUCUAGUGGAUAUGGUGCUGUUAGGCCAGCACUUGGCAUAACCCGACCUACUGGUCCAAUGCCUGUACGAUUAGCCAGUGGCUGUCCAGUGAAUAAAAUGGAUGUAAGAAGACCAAAUGCUGCUAAUUCUACUGUGCGACAGAGACCCUUAGUCCCCGAUAAACCGAGUGUGAAACCCUGUUUGAAUACCCCAACUAAACCAGGUAUACCUGAAGCAAACAAAAUCAAUAGCAUGAAUAAUGCAGUUGAGAGUAGCCGGAAGAAUGCAGAGAAGUUGAAUCCGGUCAACAAAGCCAGUCCACAUCCUGUGACCACCAAGAUUGGUUGUGCUGGAAGUGUUUCUGCAUCUAUUAAGCCCACUGAGAAUGCAGUAAAAGCAUGUAACCAUACAGCUACCAAACCAGUUGACAAUGUUUCACUUGGUAGCAACAAGAGUUGUGCUCAAGGUGGAAGCAGUAGUAAUAGUAAUAUUAGUAAUACUGUGAAGACAGCAGGGAAACCUGUUACUACAAACCCUCCACAAUCUGGUAGCAAUCAGCUUUUCAAAGUUAGCAGCAAUAAUACAACUGGCAAUAAAACUGUUAAGCCAACCAACCCAGAUACAUUGGAAACAACAAAAACACAAACACCAGCACAACCACCACCACCACCACCACCACCACCAUCAAGCAGUACAUGUGAUAAUGUUGAUGUAUUACCUAGUCAACCUUCAACAGCAUCUGAAAAGGAACAAAAUGUAGCAGACUCCGCAGGCACAUGUGACAAUGAUGAAGCAUUAGAAGAUGCUGAGGGCUCAAAAGGUGGUAUCUCUUUUUCCUUUAACCGUAAAAUGGGACAGAAACUACCUUCAUCAGUUCCAUUUGGUAAAGAAGAAGAGAAAGCUCCUAAUUCUGCUGACACAGAAAAAGAUUCAAAGACUGAAGCUGUAAAGGAAGAGUCAUGUACAGAGAAAAGCCAAGAUAGCAAUAAAGAAAUGCCUUCUGCAGGAAUGUCCUUCUUAAAAGUUCUGAAUAAGGAACAGACAUUAGAAUUAGACUGGCCAGUGGAAAUGAUCCGUUAUACCAAAACUGAGCCUUCAAUUAGUUACAGCUGUAAUCCAUUGUUCUUUGAUUUUAAAGAAUUGUUAUCAAAGGACAAGUGUCACAAAGAAGAAAAUACCUCAUCGAAUCAGAUGAAAAAAAAAUCUGAUGGCGAUGCCAGUGUUUCAAAAACUGAACCCAACAAUGCCGAUGAAAAGGAAAAAGAGACAAAAAAUCAAGUAAAUGCCGAUGCUGCCAAAGCUGAAAAGUCUUUGGUGAAAAAAUCAAGAAAGAAAAAGCGUAAACUGUCAUCUCAACGGCACACCGAUGAAGACGAAAUGAAAAGUAAGAAGAAAAAGAAAAAGAAGCAUAGCAGUAAAAAAAGGGAAGUCAAAAGUGAAGGAGGAAUCUCAGAAAAGGAAGACGAUAAAAAUGCAGUUGAUGUGUCCAAGAAUAAAAGACACAAGAAGAAGAAGAAGAGAUCUCACCAUUUGGGUCCAAAAUCUGACCUAGAGCAAGGUCAUGGUGAAGGUGGUGAUGGUGAUGGUGUUACAAAAAGUAAAACUUCUCAUAAGAGCAAGCAUAAAAAGCACAAGUCUAGGAAAUCCAAAAAGAAGAGACACAAGCACGAUGAGUUUGAGAAGGAUUCUAACAGUGGGCAUGAGAGUGAGGAAGACCUUGCUGCAAGUGCUGUAACAGAACAGAAGAAUAAGAAACAUAAGAAAAAGAAACCUCCACAAGCAGGCAAAGACUCGUCCAAUUUUUCUUCAGAGGAUGAACUUUCCAAAGUUCAGAAAGCCAAAUCAAAAGUGGCAUCGAGUGGGAUAGCAGGUGAAAAAGUCAUUGCAGCAACAGCAGGAGAGCCAGACGGGAAACUUGCCACUGUGGCUGUUUGUGAAGAGGAAAAAGACGUCUCUAAGAAAAGAAACGUUGCUGGUAAUAAUCCUACCCAAACGCUUGAAUCUGUUGAUGAAUCCAAAAAGACAAAGAAAGAUGAAGCUGGUGCUGCUAAGCCUGGUUCCUGUACGGAACGAAAGCGUCCGACAGGAGAGUUAGAUUCUCCUGUUGGUAGCAAAAAGAAAAAGCUGUCAUCCAAAACUAUGUGUCUGAAGAGUGAGGAUACCUGGAGUAAGAUGGAAACCAUAUUUGAGGCUCGCUCCGAUCCUGAAGGCAACAAAGCAUCUUGGGAUACAAGCAGUGACAGUGACGUGGCAUCUCAUGAAAACAAACCUAACAUUAAGUCCAAAUCCGCAGAUGCUGGAAAGCGGAAGAAAUUACCCAAUCCCUCUGAACCUUCCGAGAAACCAGAGAACAACCCUAACCCUGCGUCUAAAACGAGUGGCUCUGCUGUCAAAGUUGAACCAAAUAACAGUUCUGGAAGCGAAUCUGACCGCCCAGCUUCUGCUAAGCAAAUUUAUAAGCGCAAAAAGUCCUAUUCUGGUGAAAGCCAUCAUAGCGAUAGUCACUGUAGGAGCAGAGACCGCUCUUAUAGUUCAUCUUACAGUGACAGAGAUUCCCAUUAUUCUGACAAAUCAAAACACAGGCAUUCACGUUCACAUUCUUCUAGUAGGUCAAGGUCGCGGUCACGGUCUGCAUCAUACGAAAGGCAUAGUUCUCGCAGAGGCAGACGGUAUUCAUAUAGUAGUUACUCUGACGAAGACUAUCGAUAUCGACGUGGACAUUCCCGAUCGCGAUCUUGCAGUAGACGCCGAUCCAGAACUCGUUCCAGAUCAUACAGUCGAUCUCGGCGAUAUCGCUCAUACUCGAGUGAGCAUCAUCGGUCUUAUUCAAGCAGUAGUAGCCGAUCCAGAAGUCGAUCUGAAUCAAGAGGUCGGUCUCGGUCCUAUUCCUAUUCGCGAUCACACUCCAAAUCGACAUCUUAUUCCAGAUCCCGGUCUAGGUCCAGAUCAUACCACAAAUCUCAUUCUCGCUCAAGAUCACCUCACAAAUCUUCCAAGCAGGACUACAGGCACAAGAGCAGUCCUGAGCAUAGGUAUUACUCAUCAAAAAAGAAUUCCAAACACGUGUCUGGGGGGAAAGGUGAAAAUGAAAAAGGUGGGAAAUUAGACCCGGCCAAAAUUCCCUUACCAAUUAUGCCUGGCGACGACAAAGAAGAAGCUGGGGAAGGGCCAGAAAAAAGUAAAGAUAAAAUGUUCCCUGCAGAGACGACAAAAGUGUCAACUCCAGCUGCUGUUACCCCUGGGCCUGAAGUAGCUCCCACCCUUCAUGCUGUCAGAAAAGAGGUCACUGUAGCUGGUGGUACGGGGGAGCCCGAAGCUAAAAGUGGCCUGAUAAACAUACCUCUUCCACCUUUCCAAGUUGCUGAGAAUGCUCAACUUGGCAAAGUGGACAGCGUUGAUGGCCAAUUACGGCCUCCACCACCCCCACCACACAUGUUGUCUAUGACUCAUUACACUAAUACUGGGGAUUGCCUCAUGCACCACCCAAUUCCAGAUCUUUCGCAACCCCCACCAUCAGCAUCUCUCAUGGCUAAUUGUCCUCCUCCACCACCACCCCCACCUCCGCCCAUGCUUAACAACAACAACAAUAGCAACAUCCCUGGUAUGCCUGCCACACGUCUGGGUGCACCAUCUCUCUAUGGUCAUCUCAGCAUUCCUCCCCAGGAUGUGCCCCGCAUGAAUGCACCUCCUCCGCCGCCGCCUCCCAAGUGUGGAGUCGAUGCCUCCAUGAGAAUGCCAUUACCCUUCACCCCCAGAUCUGUCACUAGACUUGAGCAGUCAAGCAAAGAAAAUCCAAGCGUGUCCAAGUCUCCCAUAGAAUCUACUUUGCAGGCCCCAUCUGCUGCUGCCACUGUUGAAACAGCAGAGAAAGAAAUGACUCCACCUCUGCCUCCUCCCAAGUCUCCUCCACCCCAGCCACCCCCUCCUCCUAAAAAAGAAGAUGAGAAAAAGAACUGUGAAGAGAUUUCACCAAUGCAGCCCAUCAUCCCUCCAGAACAGGUGGAACAGUAUAAGCAUUUGCAAGAGAUGGCACAAAAGCAUGCCAUGAAGCAGCAGCGGCGUCAGCGCCUAAAAGACACGGGACAAGCCGAAGAAAGUGAUGACGACGAGUCAAUGGAAAUGGAAGGUCAAGUUUCCACAAUGGUGUCUGAUGAAGAGUGUGAAGAGCAACCAGGUAUCCUGGCUCUUCCAGAACCUGAACCUCAGCACUUGCAGCAGCAGAUCUUGCUGCCCCAUGCCCAACAUGCAGGCAGUCCGGUCAUUGCUCAACACGUGGUCCCGUUCAGCCAGCAACAAAUAAUCAUCCCUCCAAGCUCUUUACUUCAGUCUCAAGGGGCGGCAUUCCCUAUCCAAACUGGCGGCCCUAUGAUUGCCAUUCCGCAUACAGCAGCAGCCCAUCACCAUCACCACCACCCCCACCAUCCUUUGGCUGGUCAUCAUGCACUUCAUCAUGCUUUCCAUCCGGCAGCUGCAGCCGGAGUGCCACUGGCUGCUGCCGCUGCAUCCCAUCCAUUUCAUCACCAGUUGAUUGCUGCAGCUCCUAGCCAGCUGGUGCCAUAUUCGUCACCUCAACCAAUCCUUACUCAGUUACAUCCUCCAGGCCCAAUCAUCAUCGGUCAUCAAAUUUUGAUACCAAGGUUCCCUAGAGCACCUAUGUAA